GGAGCUGCUCCGCUUCUUCUUCUUCCGAAGAAGAGCUUGCAGUGGAAGAGUCGUCGUAGUCCCUGCCCGGUCGCAUAGUUCCCCCCCCCGGCAUUCCGAGGUCCGAGUCCCGACGUUCGACUGCCGACUCCGUGCUUCCUUCGAGGGAUCGCCGGUACAGAUCGGAUAGAUCUGUACACUCGGUUCCACACACAGUCUCGCUCACGGGACGGUAGAGCUCUCGGCUCCCUUUACACAGAUAUAUGGUUUGCUCGAUCACCGGCUCUUGAUCUGCCUCCCUCCCGAGCCGAACACGCUGCGGUAGGCGAUCGAGAGAUAGAGAGUCGGGCCGAUCGCUGGCGCAAAUCAAAGAUAUGUCGACCUAGACCUCGGGUUCAGUCUCUCUCUCUCGACCAGAAUAGAGGCAGGCAGGUGGGCAGAGGGUUGCUUUGCUCGGUCCGGUCGUUCUCCCGCACCCCUCCUGCACUGAUAUCGUCACAGAGAUGGCGACCACAUGGCUCAAGGGGACCGUGAAGGCUGUCCCUUCUGGGGAUUCUUUGUUGAUCAUGGGCAACGUGAAGGGUGGUCCACCUCCGGAGAAGACCAUCACUCUCGCAUCGCUCAUUGCUCCGAAAUUGGCAAGAAGAGACGGAAAGGACGAAUCAUGGGCUUGGGACAGCAGGGAAUAUCUACGAAAGAAGUGCAUUGGGAAGGAGGUGACAUUCAAAGUAGACUACGUCGUGUCCUCUAUCAAUAGGGAGUUUGGCACAGUACUUUUAGAUGGCCAAAAUGUGGCGUACGACGUCGUCGCGCAAGGAUGGGCCAAGGUUAGGCCACAAGGAGGCCAAGCCAACGAAGUGAGUGCUACGUACAUUACAGAGUUGGAACAGAGGGAGACCAAAGCUCGCGAAGAAGAAUUAGGAAUCUGGAACAAGACGCCAGGGGCAGCAGAGGCAGCGGUGCGAGACCUUCCUCCUUCGGCAGUUGGGGACGGUGGCAACUUCGAUGCCAUGGGUUUCCUUGAAGCUAACAAGGGUAAACCUCUUCCAGCUAUCGUUGAGGCAGUAAGAGAUGGUAGUGCUCUGCGGGUUUACCUUCUCCCCGAGUUUCAGUAUGUUCAAGUGUACGUCGCAGGAAUUCAGGCUCCAUCUAUGGGUAGACGAGCACCAGCUGGGGAAGUUCAACCCGUUGCUGAAGCUGCGAGGCUGAACGGUGAGGGGGCGACUGCAGAAGGCGAGGCAGCAGCAGCGGCCGUUCCUGCUCCACUAACCACUGCGCAGAAAUUGGCAGCAUCGAAUUCCGCUGCUAACAGUGCCGAAGUGCCCCCAGAUCCGUUUGCAAAAGAAGCAAAACAUUUUGCGGAAGUUCGAGUUCUGAACAGAGACGUGAGGAUAGUUCUUGAGGGAGUCGACAAGUUCAACAACCUCAUUGGUUCUGUCCGUUAUGAGGAUGGUGAAACGGCUGCUGAUCUUGCUCUCGAGCUUCUGAAGCAAGGCCUUGCAAGAGUGGUGGAUUGGAGCGCCAACAUGUUGGAAGAAAGUACCAAGCGUGUUCUUAAAGCUACAGAGCUUCAGGCUAAAAAGGACCGUGUGCGCUUGUGGACCAAUUACGUUCCCCCAGUCUCCAACUCUACAGCCAUUCGUGAUGACAACUUUAGUGGAAAGGUGAUUGAGAUCGUGAGUGGUGACUGCGUUGUUGUCGCCGAUGAUGCUGCUCCAUUCGGAAGCCCUCUUGCUGAACGUCGAGUCAAUCUGUCGAGUAUCCGUGCUCCUAAGGUGGGGAACCCCAAACGAGAAGAGAAACCUGCAGCUUAUGCGCGGGAAGCCAAGGAGUACUUAAGAACUCGAUUGAUUGGUCAACAGGUUAAUGUUACCAUGGAGUACUCUCGCAAAGUUGCUCCAACAGAUGGCCCAUCUCCCGCACCAGCAGUACCUGGUGCUGACGCCCGCGUGAUGGACUUCGGGUCUGUUUUCUUGUUAGCUGCUCCGAAAGGAGAAUCUCUUGACACAGUCCCAUCUUCAGGAUCUGCCGAGCAACCGCAAGGGAUCAACGUGGCAGAGAUGGUCGUAGCCCGAGGAUUUGGAACUGUUGUGAGACAUAGGGAAUUUGAAGAGCGCUCGAACUUCUACGAUGCUCUCUUGGCUGCAGAAUCCAGGGCUCAAAAGGGAAAGAAGGGAAUGCAUUCUCAAAAGGAAACGCCGGCUAUGCACAUCAAUGACCUUUCACUUCAGGGAACAACAGCUAAGGCUAGGCAGUUUCUCCCCUUCUUGCAAAGGCAAAGAAGAUUACCAGCUGUUGUGGAUUAUGUGCUCAGCGGCCAUCGUUUUAAGUUGAUCAUACCGAAGGAGACUUGCGCCAUUGCUUUCUCUCUGUCUGGUGUUAGGUGUCCAGGACGGGGUGAGCCGUUUGCAGAUGAAGCAAUCGCCUUUAUGCGUCGUAAGAUUUUACAAAGGGAUGUGGAGAUUGAGGUGGAGACUGUAGACAAGACUGGGACAUUCCUUGGAAGCUUGUGGGAAAAUAGAUCAAACGUUUCGCAGGCAUUGUUGGAGGCUGGUCUGGCCAAACUUCACCCCAUGUUCAGCGCAGACAGGACAACAGAAGGUCACCUGUUGGUGCAGUCAGAGCAGGUUGCUAAAAAGCAACAACUCAAGGUGUGGCAAGGAUAUGUUGAGGGUCAAGCUGAGGAGGCGAAAGCCGCAGGUGAAGUGACCAAGUCAAAGCAAGAAGUGCUCAAGGUCAAGGUCACUGAAGUCCUGGGCGGAGGGAAGUUCUACGUGCAAAUUGUUGGUGAUAGUCGCAUCGGCGCCAUUCAGAAUCUAGGCGUGAAGGAUAAAGCCCCACUGCCUCCCGGCUCCUUCAUUCCCGAGAAAGGCGCUUUGGUGCUAGCACAAUAUAGCGCGGACAAUUCUUGGAAUCGUGCUAUGGUUGUAAAUGCCCCGAAGCCUGGUACAGCGUCAGGGAAAUCUGAGUUUGAAAUUUUCUAUGUGGAUUACGGCAACCAAGAAACGGUUCCUCUUUCAAGACUUCGACCUCUGGAAGGUGCGAUUGGAUCCACAGCAGGUGUGGCGCAAUUGUGCAAAUUGGCUUACAUCAAAGUUCCAGACCUCGAAGAAGAAUUCGGAAUCGAAGCUGCAGAAUAUUUGAGUAAUACGAUUGGUGAUAAGGUGUUGACGGCGCGUGUAGUAGAGAAAGACACUUCGGGUGGCAAGGUUAAAGGUCAAGGAACCGGUCCUUGUCUUAUUGUCAUGAUGGAGGAUGCCGAGACACACGCAUCCAUCAACACCAACAUUGUGGAGGCUGGUCUAGGAAGGGUUGAGAAGAAAUUAAGGUGGGAUCCUAUUGACAAAAAGACUGCUUUGGACUCCCUGGCUGAACAUCAAGAAAUUGCGCGGAAGUCGAGGCUGAACAUCUGGCAGUAUGGAGAUGUAGAAUCAGAUGAGGAGGACGUUCCAUCCAGAGGGCGAGGUGGAGGUGGUCGUGGUCGUUAGAGAAGUGAUUGUGCCACAUAUUUAUGGAGGAAUUUGAAUUCCUGACGGUAGUAGUAGGUUGGAAUCAGACAUUCCUGAUUCCGACUGCUUUGGACUCGCUGGCUGCUUGGACAUUCCUGAUUCCAAGCAAGGCUUGGACUGUCUACAAGAUGUUCUUCUCGACCAGUUUUUAAAGUGGUCUGUCAAUAGGAAGAGCUUACAUUCGGAGCUCAACAAUUGUGCUCUUACUUAAACCACGGAGAGAGAGAAGGGAGGAAGAAAGUGUGAUUCUCUUGGGCAUACUGACUGCGCUACAUUUGCGUGGCGAGUGGGCCUUGGCCUAUAGUUGUUCAGAUUCUUUUCCAUAGAGUUCUGCUCGCUCAACUUUGGAGAUGUUCGGUGUCCAGUAAUUGGUCUAGCUGACCAUGGGCAGUGACUGGUAAGGCUCAUUUAUAAGAUACCCUUUGUCCUCGAAAUAGGUGGAUUGGGAUCUAGACUUUAGUCUGCGGCUUUGGUACAAUUAUAUGCACGUUGAGGUAACUGAGGCUUUGUUCAUUCAAAGAAAGAAUAAAUUUUAGUGCAUGGAAGUAUGG